ACGCAGGCGCGCUGGAGCUCGCGAUUCCGGGACGAGGCCGGCUGUAGCCUGGAGCGUCUCGAUGGCUCGCAUGCUGUCUCUCUAGCCGGCGAAGGGGCGGCGAGACGUCUCGGCGGAUGCGCUAGGCAGCGGGAGGUCGAGCUCGCCGGCGGGGACGCAGCCUCCAUGGGGGCCCUAAGGAAGGUGCUGGUCACCGUCGCAGCGAUGGGCGCGGGGGCGGUCGUAGGGUCCGCGCUGUUUGCCCUGGUGACCCCAGGGGAGCUCCAGAAGCAGGCGUUGCUGAAGGAGAUCCCCGAGCAGCAUCGGCAGCACAGGGACGAGAAAGCACACACCCAGAGGCUCGUGAUGAGCACGCUGCAGGAGGCCACGGCCACGCAGGAGAACGUGGCGUGGAGGAAGAACUGGAUGGGCGGCGGAGGCCGAGGCGCCGUAUGAGCGCACCCACGCCUAGCGGGGUAUGCGGGACCCUGCCCAGGCCGCAGGGCGAGCCGCACUCAGAAACCCCGUCCGUCCGACUGGAGCCCCACGUCGUGCCACCUGCUUACUCCCACGCAACCCCAAAUCUCUGUAAGCCCAUCAACCACAUUCUCAAAACAUUUUCAAACUA